AUGUCUCUCGUAUCUCCAUCAGCUAUUCUUGGAUAUGAUCACAAACAAUCAACAUCACAAUUAAAUAAGAAAAUGAUGGUAUUACCACAAAUUGAACAUCCAUCAAAACGAAUUGAUUCAGAUGAUAAAAAUUCAUUAGAUAUUCGUGGAAGAUCACGAGAUGGUUAUGGAGAUGGAAAAUUAAUUCGAAAUGAAUAUUCAACUAAUCAAUCAGAUCGUCAUCGUCGAAGAUCAUCUUCAUUUAAAUAUAAUUCGAAUAAUCGAAAAUAUUCACAAAAUAUUGAUGAUAUUGAUGAACAUAUUAAUACUCCUAUUAGACAAGAUCGAGAUCAAGUUCGUUUACCCAUAUUUGGUCGUCGAACAGAUAGUAGAUCAUCAUCAUCAUCAUCAUGGGAUUAUAAAAAAGAUAAUAAUAAUCGAACAUCUCGAAUUGAAAUUGAUGAACUUGAAAUGAUGUUAAGAGAAAAAGUUCGUUCACAAUUACAUGAUGUUCGAACUAAAUUUCGUCAUGCCGCUCAAAAUGAUCCAAAUGGAAAAAUAUCUCGUCAAGCUUUACAACAUUUAAUUGCAACUAUUUUUGGAACACAAAAACAAAUUGGACCAAAUCAAAUUGAAAAAUUAUUAGAACGAUUUAAUCUUAAAAAUUUAAAUAAAAUAAGUUUUGAUGAAUUUCUUCAAUCAUUAUAUAAUGGUGAAGAAGAUCUUCCUGAUUGGAUAUAUAAUCAAAAAUCAUCACGAGAAGAAUCAUCAUCAUCAAAAAGAUCAGCAGAACAAUUGUUUAUUAUAUUAAAAGAUAAAGUUCGAACGAAACAUAAAGAUUUAGUUAAUAUUUGUCCUUCAUUGAAUGGUGGACCAUCUUCAAGAAUAUUUAAAGCACAAUUUCAUAAUGCUAUUAUCGAUAUGGGUUAUAGAAUGAAGGAUAAUGAAUUUGAUAAAUUAUGGGAUAAAUUUGAUACAGAUGGAUUCAAAGCAAUUAAUUCGGAUAAAUUUCUAAAAAUUUUAAGAAAUGAUUCAAUUGGACAAGUAGAAGAAGAAGAUUCAAAAACAGAUAGAAAAGAAAAUGUUGAUGAACAAUCAUUUUCUUCUCGAUCAAGACAUAUUCAAUCUUCUCAUACUGAUUCUGAUUUAAAAACACCUCGUCCUUUAAAUUCUCGUGGACAAUUAGAUGAAAAUCAAAUUCAAAAAUGGCUUAAUUAUAAAUUUCCUCAAGGAUUUUCUCAACUUGAAAAAUCACUUGAACGUUUAGAUACAAAACAAAUGGGAACAUUACACCGAGAUCGAUUUCUUGAAGAAUUAAAAAGAUUUGGUUUAAAAUUAGAACCAAAUCUUUUAGAAUUUUUUUUAAAACGAUUAAAUGUUGAUUUAUCAUUAACAAAUGAUGGAAUACCAUAUCAUGAUGUUAUUAAUGCAUUUAAACAAAGAUCAGAUCCAACUAGAAGAAGAAUUAAUGCUGAUAAUCAAUUACCUCCAGAAGAAACUCGUCAAACAUCAUUAGAACGACAAAUUGAUAAUGCAUUAUCAAUGAAUUAUGAACAAGUUCGAGAUUUAUUUUAUCGUUUAGAUAAUUUACAUAAUGGAACAAUUAAUUCAAAUGAAUUAAGAUCAAUUAUUGAAGAUUUUAUUGAAUAUACAUUAAAACCUGAUGAAUAUUAUCAAUUACUUAAAAAAAUUCCAACGGAUGAUAAUGGAAAAAUUAAAUAUAAAGAAUAUUUAAAACAAGUUCUCGAUCGAACACUUUAUUUACAAGAACAAGAACAACAAGAACAACAACAAAAACUACCCAAAAAAUCUCAAUCUGAAUUAUUGAAAAGAACAACUAAUCAACAAAAACAAAAUAUUGAAGAAUUAAAACAAAAACGAGAAGAAAGACAAUAUCAAUUAAAUGAAAAUUUCAAUUCAAAUAUAAAUAAUGAUGAUCAACUAAGAACAAGAUCAAUUGAUGAGCUUCGUGAUAUGUUAAAAUUAUUAAUACGAAAUCGUUAUAAAAAUAUUGAAGAUGAAUUUAAAAAAAUUGAUCGUAGUUCAUAUGGAGAAUUAACACAAGAUCUUUUAUAUGAUUUAUUUAAACGUCUUGAUAUUAAACCUGAAGUAACACGUAAUGAAAUUGAUUUAAUUUGGUCUCGUUGUCAUUUAAAAGAAAAUGGACAUUUAGAUUUUUAUCAAUUUUUACGUGAAUUUGGUUAUACAAAACGUUCAGCACAUUAUCCAAAUGCAAAACAAAAUCCACCAAAACGAGGUGAUGCUGAUUUUUUAUUAACAUCAAGAAAAUUAUAUGGAGAUUCAGUUCUUGUUCAUGGUACCGCACUUAAUGCUAUUCGUUCAAAUUGGGAUGAUUUACGAAGAGAAUUUACUGAAUUAGAUCCAUAUAGAACUGGUUAUGUUCAAUCUGAUGAAUUUGAUGAUAUUUUAACCGAACUUUGUCCAUCUGUUAAUCAAGAAGAUCUUGAUAUACUUAAAUUUAGAUUUCAAACACAAAAUGAUUCAAGAAUGAAUUAUAUUCGAUUUUUAAAACAUCAUGCACCACUUCCUGAAUUAAUUGGUCUUGUUGAUGAAUCAAAUAAAAAUCCUUUACCAACAAUACAUGAAAAAUCACCUCGUAGUACAUCAGAUCGAUCCAUUUUAAAUCAAGUUUGUAAUAAACUUCGAAGAAAAUUAUCCGAUUCUUAUAAACAAUUACGACGAACAUUUAAACAACGAGAUCCAACUAAUUGUGGUUCUGUACCUGUUAAAGCUUUUAAAGAAAUUCUUCAUCAAUAUAAAUGUCCUUUAAAUGAUGAAGAAUUUUAUACAUUAACAUCACAAAUUGAUACAAAAAUGGAUGGAACAAUCGAUUAUAAUUAUUUUCUUCAACAAUAUGUCAAGAACAAUUAG